ACCCAGAAUGACCCCCCCCCCCUUCACCGCGUCGUCUGAUGAUAUUUGAAUGGGAGAACAGCCGAAACGCACCGGCGACAUUUGUACCCUCCGCGUGUCUGUGACAUAUCGGGUCCGAGCCAAGAGGGACGCUGUUGUUGAAGACCGGCUGACGUAAGACCGAUUCUUCUCCCCCCCCCCCACCUCCUCCUUCCCCCAAACAGCAUCACCGGUAAGCUAACGUUGGCGGCUAGCAUCACCUGGCUAGCUGACGCGGACGGAAAAACGGCCGCUUGUGGGGCCGUUUGGGACGUGGUUUGACAGCCGAGAGGCUCGCGGCGGGUUCGCGCUCCGCUCCGGAGGACCGGGACUCCGCCGCGGAAGCUAACCGCGUGUAGCCGGAGCGGGUCGGGACCGAAGCCGGCGUCUUGUCGCCUUGUUCGCUGGUCCCGUGAGGGGAGUAAAACAGGUGGGAUAAAAGGAAAGCGGCCACGGUGAGCGCUUCUGUUUCUGCCUCUCGGGUUGUUCAGUUUGAAGAAACUCCUCCGCUGCGGUUAAAGUUCCAGCAGCGCGCUGUGAAAUCCCCGAAUCAAAGUGCACUUUCCUAAAUUCAGAUACGUGGAUCCUUUAUUCGUAUCUGACUGUACAGGAAUACACAGAAUAAAUGUUAUUUAUUUCACAGUAUUCCACCGUUUAUUUGCUCUUGGAGCAGAGCUGCUGUUUAGAAUCAAAGUAAAUGUACCCGAUGUGCACUCGAACGCCCCCUUUGAUUUAUUUUAUUAUAUUUAGGCCCCAAAGUGCAUCUUUGUCACUCAUUAUUGUAGCUGACAAUGACAGUAAUCUUCCUCAUUGUUGUUGUACUGAAUCUACAGGUGAUUGAUAAAGUACGGUGAAAAGCUGUUGUUCGGUGGUGGGAGAAGUACUCCGAUCCUUUAAGUAUAAGUACUAAUACAACACUAUGAGAAUACUCCAGUCUGAAAGUAAGUCCUGCAUUGAAAAUGCUACUUCUGUAUCAAAAUGUACAAGUAAGAGUAUUUAUUUGUGGAGUAAAACCUUUUGUAAAAGAAGAUUAGAUGGACCUUCUCAAAUAGUACGAUUAGUACCCGUUUGUACUGAAGCCCAUAAACUUCAACCGGUUCAUCUUAAACCGUUCAUGUAUGUUGUCCAUGAAUGUCAUUAAACGUCGUAGCUGUGUAAUUACGCAAUGCCAGAAGUACUUUCUGCUUCUAUUCAGACCCCACCUGUAAUUUUCAUUCUGAGCAGCACUGCUCGGCACGGAACAACCGGAUCUUAAAAUAUGACUCACGUGGCCGAAGGUAAUCUGUUAAAUCAGUCCUGCAUUAAUCAUAAAGUCUUGUAACCACGUUGGCUCGUUAAUCUCACAUUUCUUUCUAAGAUAAUAUCCUGCCAAGUAACCGGAACUGCAGCAGUGACUAUUUAAGUCAAAUGUUUAAUAUGUCUUUAUGAAAUGUACAAAGCAGUUUACGUUUCAACAACCAGCGCCGGUUCGUGCGGUCUGUGGCCUUCUGCCUCCUGACCUUUUGACCUCUAACCUGGCCUGUGGGUAAAAGCGAUGGGCUGACCCAAGCCGAACCCCUUCAUUUGGUGGUGAAUGGCGCUCUGUUGCUCACUCGGGAUGAGCGACCUUUUACGAUGCGCUCGGCGGAGCGUGGCGGUCACCGUCUUCCCCUCUAAUGACGGCCCGGGUCGAUGAGAUCAGCCCCGAGGCCCAGAAACGGUAAUUACGCUCUGCGGGGUAAAUAGCGAUGAGUCGAUGCGCGGCUUAACCCGCCCCUCGCUCCGGCGGUAUAUGAAGUGACCCUCCGGGGGGGGACGGGACGAGACAGUCCAGUGUGUGACGACGACCGGACGCUUUGGCUCAAGAAGGGACCAGUGAGGGCCGGCUGCUGCUUGAGUGUCUCCAUUCGGGAAAGGUACGACAUGCUUUAUGCUUUUAGAAGACAAACCAGACUCCAGAACAGCUGAGAGGAGGAACAGGAAGGAGAAUACUUUGUGCUGGUGUCCAAUUCUGAGGCCCACAUGUUCAUGAUGGGUGUAGCUGAUGGAGCUGCACAGUUCAAACUGAUCUGUCACCACGAACUCUGGAGGAGAAUCUUUCCCUGUUGUCAGAUAUUUUGAAGGGUUGUGUGGAUCAGGAAUCCAUUCUAAAUUCUGUUUUUUUUUACCUGAGAAGGUCAAACUUUGCCUCAAUUAGUCUUGCAUCAGAAUUUAUUUUCUUUUAUUGCAGCAAAAUGGGGUUAUUAAGUAGUCGUUGGACCACAUCGACCUAAAUGCAUGACUGCGAGCAGACAGACCUCUGAAUACAUAUCAGGGCUGCAGGUGUUCUGAACCAGGGUCAGUGGGCUCAGAAGAUCUGUGGUUACUAAACCAAUACCGAGGAUGGACGUCCCGGCGGCUCCAGUUCAGUCGAGCUCCUGACCGAGGGCGAGUUGAGUUUAGAUAAACGGCCGUUUGCCCUCCGCCUGCGGACUGGAGCGCAGAGGAGAAGUGAGUCGAGUUCCCACGAGUGCUUUGAAAAAAUAUCACGCGUAGCUUCGCCUCGGUAGAGUUUGACGUUCCUUUUCCGCUCCAGUGGAACAUCACUUUGCUAAAGUAGAAGGUGUCGCUGACCACGUGUGUGUGUUCGGUUCCCAGGGGUCCCAGUUUGUACGGUGACACGAAUUGUGGGUAAACUGGUCUUUUGGGAACCAUGUGGCGGCGGGCGACGCCCCUCCGGUCUUUGUGGGGCGCGUUUGAUUCGCCGGCGUCUUCUCUUCCACCUCGUUCUGCUCCGUGGAGCUGCUGAUAACCAGGGGACCGUCUGGCUUGCGGGGUGGUGACCCUGAUCCACAGCGGGUGACGUAACCGCUGAUAACGCGGGUUGUUUGCUUCGCCUGAUUCCCCACGUGGGCCCGUUUGCUCGCUGCCACUUGCCGCGCGUUCCUGGUUUAUCGCGUGUUGGCCGUGGCUCGAGGGGCCGGCGCCUGUUUGGUCUCUAAUCUGCCGACGGCCACUUGCUCACAAUCCAAAGCAGGAAAGCCGGGGCCACUUUCUAAGAACAGAGGACCUGACAUGCCGAGCUCCGUAGAACCAAGAAUGCGGCUCUUUACUCAGUCCACUGCUCCCCUGAGGAGAUCCCUGCUCCCUUCAGGCGUCCCCCCUCCCGUCCCCCCCCCUGACUCCCAUCACUGCUCCCAGGUGUCCCGUGGGCCUCGGGGCUCGACAGCCGUCAUCAGUGGCUCCGUGGGAGAAGACCAGCGUCGGCCAGCCGCUGGAGGAGCCAUGCUCACCCGGCCCCCUCGUGGCCGUGCCACUGCGUCCGCCCGCCCCCUCCGGCCCCUUCCCAUGUUGGUUUUGGCCGUGGCGGUGCUCCUCUGCCCCGUGGGCCGAGUGACGUGUCAGACGCGAGGUCAGACGCAGUCGCCCGCCCAGGUGCUGCAGGACCUGCUGUCCCGCUACGGGGACAAUAGCACCAUCUCGGUGCCACAGCUGCGCUCUCUGCUGGCCCUUAUCAGCCAAGGUCAGGGGGACGGGGACGGCGGCGGCGGCGUCGUGGCGGAGACGCCAAAGAUAAACAUGCCUCCCAAAUCAAACAGCUCCAAGUGCCUGCCGGCCGACACGCUGGCCGUCUACAGCAUCGGCGAGCAGUCGCGCCUGGACGAGCAGGGCCUGCGGGAGCUCUGCCCCACCAUGCUGCAGCAGCUGGACGCCGGCACCUGCAGGGGGCGGAAAGAGGAGGAGUCGAGCGCGGAGCCCUCCCCCAGGCCCACGGACGCCGAGGUGUGGGGCUUCUCUUUCCUGAGUGUGACGGUGAUCAAUGCCUUCUCCCUCACCGGAGUCUUCAUCAUUCCCCUGCUGAAGACGCGCUACAUGAAACACGCGCUCACCUUUUUCAUCGCCCUCGCCGUCGGCACGCUGUUCUCCACCGCCGUCCUGCAGCUCCUGCCAGAGGCCUUCGGUUUUGACCCCAUGGUGGACUUCUACGUGUCCAAAUCUGCGAUGGUGUUCGCCGGCUUCUACCUCUUCUUCUUCACCGAGAAGGUCCUCCGAGUGCUCCUCAAACAGAGGAAAGGGAACCACGGCCACAGUCAUUACUCCCCCCCCGACGGGGAGGUGGAGGAGGGCGAGAAGGAGAAGCUGCAGCAGAACGGAGAAGCCAGCAGUCUGACUCCGGGGAAGGUGGAGGAGGGCGAGGGCGAGCUCAUGCUGAGUCCCGCUCAGACACCACAGGACUCCCAGAGCCCGGACGGCGGGGGGCGGUCCGCCGGCUGCUAUUGGCUGAAGGGGGCGACCUACGCCGACAUCGGCACGCUGGCCUGGAUGAUCACGCUGAGCGACGGCCUGCACAACUUCAUCGACGGCCUGGCCAUCGGCGCCUCCUUCACCGCCUCCGUCUUCCAGGGCGUCAGCACCUCGGUGGCCAUCCUGUGCGAGGAGUUCCCCCACGAGCUCGGGGACUUUGUGAUCCUGCUCAACGCCGGCAUGAGCAUCCAGCAGGCGCUCUUCUUCAACUUCCUGUCGGCCUGCUGCUGUUACCUGGGCAUGGGCUUCGGCAUCCUGGCCGGCAACAGCUUCUCCCCGAACUGGAUCUUCGCCCUGGCAGGCGGAAUGUUCCUCUACAUCGCGCUGGCUGACAUGUUCCCAGAGAUGAACGAGGUGAGUCGGGAGGAAGAGGACGCCGGCGGCAGCAGCUUCCUGCUCACCUUCGCCAUCCAGAACGCCGGCCUGCUGACGGGCUUCGGCAUCAUGCUGCUCCUCACCAUGUACUCCGGACAGAUACAGCUGGGCUAGCUGCUCCAGCUCAGACUUUUUUUUCUGCUACUGUAAACUGACCCCCCCCCCCCCUUCAAGAGGAGGAGACGCUUCUUGUUUUUCCUCUCUUCUUUAUCUUCCUCCCUGCGGCGGGUACGCACACCUUUCCUCUGCCGAAGAGCCCCGGCGUGGCGGUAGAUCCCGGCCACAGCGGGAACCGGCCUCCUUUCCUUCUGCGCGAUUUAUCGGCCUUUUCCCCCCGACGGCGGCUCUAGAAACGUGGAAGCGGCGCUCGGCCUGCAGAGACGAGCUCAGGACCUCUGGAGAUGACGUGCCGGACUCGUCACCCGUCGCUCAAGCCUUUCCUCCGCUCUCCUCGCUACUGAUCGGCCAUUUUGGGCUUUUGCUUUCCUCGCAUUGUGUCACAUGAGAGGUGAUCACGGAGGUUUCUGUCUCUGAUCGUCUCUGAACUUCCUCCGAACUUCCUCCGCGCAAUCAGGUAACAGCUGGAGUAUUGAAUCCUUCUUUUCCAGACUUUGACCUCCCGCCCCCUUUCAUUACACACCAAAAACCAAUCAUUAAGAAACCUGAACUUUAAUUUGACAUCCAGCUGGAUCGAAUUGUUUUACGUGUUGAUGUUUUAUACGUGAUGACCAUGAAAUCAGACUUUUUGAAGGCCAAAUAGGAGCAGACCAGUGAGAAUGGCGAAGGGCUACACGGCGACGCUUGGAGCGCAGCGCUUUGUUUCCUCAGAACGGACUAAUCCCUAAAGACGGAUCACAUAUACGUGACACAACGUGAUAUUAGUGAUGUUCGUGGCUUCGUGCCGAUCGGAAACAGCAAAGCGUCGGCCUUCCUCCACCUAUUUUACCAUCUGUGCCCUUCGUUGAUCUUUGAAUUUCUUUGAUUUUUUUUUUUUUUUCCUCGUACUCUUGAUCUUGAAACCCGCAGGCUUUUUUUCUCCUAGAAUCAUCUCUCAUUUUACAUGUUUGAACAAGAUGAAUCAUACAAACACAUCAUGUUCUGUGACCGUUUCCAUGUUCAUCACCGUUAAUAGGGAUGGAAAAAUGAAGUAUCUGUACUGUAUCUGGAUCGGUGGUCAUGGCAACGCAACAAGGUCAAACGUCUGUGAUGACCGAUGUGGUUCUGAAGGUACUCACUGAAUCCCAGGACCUCUUAGUCCACUGGAGAGGAAUCUGCAUCAAUCAGCUGAUUGGUCUAUUCAAACAGCUGCUGUUUUGGUAAUCGGUUAAACUUCAGUGUAAUUUUUUAAAGCAGAAAUCUCACCGGUUCCGCCUUCUCUGACCCUGUUUUCAUCUGCUAGGAUGUAAAGUCAGGAAAUCCCUUUUGGGGUUUCUUCAUGUGGAUCCGCCUCCCGCUCAGGUCGACGCACCUUAAAAUCAAUUCCACAAAAAUGUCAUUAUUCUACAACCAUUAUAUCAUAAAUAAUCAAUCAAUACUUCAUGCUGUUGAGUUAAAACAUAACAACUGUUAAUUGACGCUUUAACCGAUUAAAAAGGAGCAUCUGUAUUCUUUGAAACGUAGAAGGAAAAAAAAAACUUUUUGAGAGCCUUCCAGGUUCGUUCUUAUCUCUCUUUCACGUUUCAACAUCCUCGCGGUUGUAAAGUGAGCGGAGAAGCGUCUGCAUACUGUUGGUCAGUGAAAAGCGCUUCAUGAUCUGAAGUUUAUUGGAGCAACUCGUACGACCCGUUGUGCCCUUUUCUCAUAUUGUAAACGACAAAGACUGACGUGUUGUUUAGGGUUGAAAUGAUCUCCAUAGCAACGCUGUGCUGCUGUUGAAGCUACAAAUGUUCGUCCCUAUUGUCCAUCUAUAUUUACUGAUGUACUACAGCAGGAAGCAGUAGAUUCAAUAUUAGAAUUUUUAAAAAGAGCCUUAGGUUAUAUUUUAUUAGAAAUAGAAAGGAGGUCACGUUAUUGUAAAGACUUGAAUGCUGUAAUUAUCCCUGGAUGGAGAAGUUUUUAACUUGUACCAUGAGGUACAGUAUUACUGCUGCUUGAUAUUUACCGUCUUUGGGAGAUUAUGCGUCGUUCUUCGAGCCAUAGAAUAUUUAUGCUCUAACCCUAAAAAAAAAAAAGAAUAUUCAGUUGCGGUUUACAUCCGAAGCCAUGAAAGCAAACUGAAGUUCUGUCUUGUUUGUUGUUUAUCUUUGUUUCAGUAUUUUGUUUUGAAGAAGUGGGACUUUUUAUUUGCAUUGAAUAUUUUAACUGUUAAGUCUAAAGACAAAUGGCCGAAACUUCUGGUCAUAUACGCUAAUAUUAAUCUCAAACUGAGAACUGAAACUGGACAUUUUGAUAAUUUAUUGAUCUUCUUUCAGACUUGAUAAUUAAAGACAUAAUGUGCUUAAUGUAAUUUGGGAAUCCUCAUCAGCGCUAUCUGUGUAUCAUUGAAAUCCUUUUUUAUAAACAUUCUUUUCCAAGAAAAUCAAAAUCAAUGUGUCAAGUGUCAUGAUUGUCUUGUUUAUUCCACCUCUUUAUGUGACGUUUAAAUGUGCUUUUCUUCCUUUAGUCCUCGCGUGUAGAAAAACAAUCUUUUUUCUAAACCGGAAUAAAACACAUUUAGGGUUUUCUAUCCGUAA